AUAAAAUAAGAACUUCGCCCGUAUUCAUGUUUUAAACGAAAACCUACUUCUUCUCCUUAGAUCUCCGAUUCGACAUGGCGGCAUCCUCCUCUUCCGCCUCGGACUCGUCUUUGUCUUCGUCUCACCGCGAGUAUCGGCGCCGCCGCCGUCACAGGGAUCGUGAUGUCCUCAAGGUCAGGAAGGAGAAACGCUCUCACAUCAAACGACGCCGCAAUCGUCGUCGCUCCUCCUCCUCCUCCUCCUCCGAUAGCGGCCGCCACUCUUCUUCCUCCUCUUCUGAAGAUUACAGUUCUUCAGACACUGAGCAUGAAGCAGGGGAACGUCAUAAAAAACACAAACAUAGAGACAGAUCUAGCAAGAAGAAGGAAAAAGACAGAGGUAAAAGCCACAAGUCUAAACGUCGUAAACAUAAAGCCAAAGAGAAACAGGAGGUAGAGAGACAUAGCAGCCCUGUACAACUUUCUAAGUUUUUGGGCCGAGACAAGGAUGAUGGUGUCCGCCGCAGUGCUGUUUCUGGCAAAAAGAUUCUACUGAAGCUUGAGAAAACAAAGGAGGACAAGGAAGCAGAGAACAAAAGAAACGAAUUACUCAAAUUCUUGAAUGCAAGUUAUGACUGAUUAUGUGGAGCCUAAAAGUAAGGUUGUAUCACUCUGUGGGUGGAGGUUAAUGCUUGUAGCAUUCAUUCUAGUUUUGGUUGUUUAUGAUGGUCUUUGCAGAGAAUUAAAUUGCAGCCUUAAGGUCUCGUGGUCUGUUGUGUAACACUGUUUUCUGAAAUGUAUCAUUAUAGUUGACAUUUUCUGAUUUAAAACUUGAAAGCUAUCAAUUAUUUUACAAAAAAAAUUAUAACCCUCA